UCCCGGCGGUCCCAGCCCCUCUAUAGCGGGAGGGGCGGAGGGGCCGCCGGCAGAGCGCCGCGACCGCCGGGACGAGCAGACCAGCGCCUGCCCGCGUCCGCCACCCGCUCCAGCAUGGACCUCCGCGCCCUGGCGCUGCUCGCCUUCGCCCUGGCCGUCAUCUCCCUCUCAGAGGAGAAACCCGUCAGCCUGACUUACCGAUGUCCCUGUCGAUUCUACGAGAGCAACGUGGCAAGAGCCAACAUUAAGCACCUCAAAAUCCUCUCCACACCUAACUGCUCACUUCAGAUUGUUGCAAGGCUCAAGAGCAACAGCAAGCAAGUAUGCAUUGAUCCCAAGUUAAAGUGGAUCCAGGAAUAUCUGGAGAAGGCUUUAAACAAACCACGUCAUCGCACUCAUAAAAAAAAGCAACAGAAGAAACGGGGCCCCCUCUGCCCUUCCCGUGCAACAUCACUAAAGUCUCCAGGGAGAAAGAAUGGAGGUUCAAGAUGUAAGAGGCAAGCAUUGUAAGCCGUCUACAGGAUUUCUUACUGUAGGACCCAGAGAGCAGAUAACCAGUAUUAGGGAAUGAAUACAUUUUACUGUUAUCAUACAGCACAAAAGCAACGCUUCACGCAUUUCCAAAGGGUUUUUUUUUUCUCAUUUGGGUUUUUUUCCCCCUUGCACAAAUUGAUUUGCUUUCACAGUGCUAUUUUUAUAUAGUUAAGAUGUAACUAUUUGAAAAAAAAAUGUUUUUUACAGGUUGGUUUAUUACCUAGCACUGGGGGCAGAUACCAAUUUAAACUAACCCUAUGUUAUAUAAUAUUUUAUUACCUUUGUUAUGUAGAGGUCCUGCUUUAUUUAACUUUCUUUUGGUUCAUGCAAGUCUCCUGGAGUUUUAAACCGAGAAGGACAUGAACUGUACAGUGCAAUGAUGUUGUGUGUAAGUAGUGGAGGAACUCCUUGCC